AUUGUUGAAUAAAGAAUUAUAAAACGGAACAAAGUGGACUUACUUUAUAUAUUCUCCACGGUGCGUCGCCUUCUGUGACAUCAUCACGCUCCCUGCGUGUAGCCCGUGGAGGCGGAGUCAGAGCCUGUGGGGUUGGUGACGUGUUUAGAGACGGAAACGUCGCUUUUCAUCGCUUCUGUGUGAAAUAACGUCCGCUAGAGACGAACACAGUGAACCGGGACAAUGUCUGCGGGCUCCGGCAACAAAAACACGGAACCGUGGGGAAGCUUCGAUGACAACCUUAUCCAGGGCAGCGGCUCCGCCGUCAUCGACAUGGAGAACAUGGACGACACGUCGGGCUCCAGCUUCGAGGACAUGGGGGAGCUGCACCAGAGGAUGAAGGAGGAGGAGGAGGUCACCGAGGAGGCCGCCGCCACCGAGGACCACGAGGACGGGGAGUUCCUGGGCAUGAAGGGGUUAAAGGGCCAGCUGGGCCGACAGGUGGCGGAUGAGGUGUGGCAGGCGGGGAAGCGCCAGGCCUCCAGAGCCUUCAACCUGUACGCCAACAUUGACAUCCUGCGGCCCUACUUUGACGUGGAGCCCGUGCAGGUGCGCAGCAGGCUGAUGGAGUCCAUGAUACCUGUCCGCAUGAUCAACUUCCCCCAGAAGAUUGCAGGUGAGCUGUAUGGCCCUCUGAUGCUGGUCUUCACUCUGGUGGCGAUCCUGCUGCAUGGCAUGAAGACGUCGGACACCAUCAUCAGGGAGGGCACCCUGAUGGGAACCGCCAUAGGAACUUGUUUUGGUUACUGGCUCGGUGUUUCCUCCUUCAUCUACUUCCUGGCUUAUUUGGUCAACGCUCAGAUCACCAUGCUGCAGAUGCUGUCCCUGCUGGGUUAUGGUCUGUUUGGGCACUGCGUCGUCCUCCUCGUGUCCUACAACAUCCACUUCCACUUCCUGUUCUACGUCCUCUGGCUGCUGUGUGGAGGACUGUCCACUCUGCGCAUGGUAGCGGCUCUCCUGUCCCGCACGGUGGGACAGACUCCUCGUCUUCUCCUCUGUGGGACUCUGUCUGUCCUCCACAUGCUGUUCCUGCUCUACCUCCACUUCGCCUACCACAAGAUCGUCGAAGGGCUGCUGGACUCUCUGGAAGGACCCAACAUGGUUCCCAUGCAGCGGGUGGCCAGAGACGUGCCUGAACUGACCAUAAAUGCCACAGUAAGGAGCCUGGUGCCCCUACUGAGGGCCCACUGAGGGGUCCACUGAGGGUCCACUGAGGGCCCACUGAGGGGUCCACUGAGGGUCCACUGAGGGCCCACUGAGGGGUCCACUGAGGGGCCCACUGAGGGGUCCACUGAGGGCCCACUGAGGGGUCCACUGAGGGGCCCACUGAGGGGUCCACUGAGGGGUCCACUGAGGGGUCCACUGAGGGGCCCACUGAGGGUCCACUGAGGGGUCCACUGAGGGGGCCCUGAAAUAUCUUCAUGUCUGUACCUUCUUUAUUCUUUCGGUCUGUCAUAUUUUCCUGGUCGGUCGUAUUUAUACUUUCUGAACAAAAACUCAAUAAACUGCUUUAACUUUAAACUUAUCUUCACAUGUAAACAUUUCUGUUUGUACAAUUUACUUCAUAUUUUAAUGUGUUAUACUCGAAUAGUAUAAUAGACUUCUUAUAUACUAUAAGGUAGUGCAACGGAUGAUACAACCUUUAUUUUGAAAGGCAUAUCAUAACGAGAAGAAAGAUAUUCUUUAAAUGGAUCAAUAAAACAUGAUGAUGAUGAUGAUGAUGAUGAUGAUGAUGAUGAACUAUCCUGGAAGUCAGUAUUUGUUUGUUUGUUUUGUAAAAAAUAAACAAAAUGAAGGGGAAGUCCCGGAACUCGUUCAUUGUUUAAAGGA